UUUAUAUCUUUUUUCUUAGAUUUAAGACCCAUGAACAGGUCAGCAUCACAUUUUGUGACUGAAUUUGUUCUCCUGGGAUUUCCUGGCUGCUGGGAGAUACAGAUCUUCCUCUUUUCAUUCCUUUUGGUGGUUUAUGUCUUAACCUUGCUGGGAAAUGGAGCCAUUGUCUGCGCUGUGAGAAGGGAACCUCGGCUACAUACACCCAUGUACUUUCUACUGGGAAACUUUGCCUUCCUGGAGAUCUGGUAUGUGUCCUCCACUGUCCCUAACAUGCUAGCCAACAUUCUCUCUAAAACCAAGACCAUCUCAUUUUCGGGCUGUUUCCUCCAGUUCUAUUUCUUCUUUUCCCUGGGCACAACUGAGUGUCUGUUCCUGGCAGUAAUGGCUUAUGAUCGAUACCUAGCCAUCUGCCGCCCACUACACUACCCCACCAUCAUGACUGGGAAGCUGUGCAGAAUGCUGGUGUCUCUGUGCUGGUUUGUUGGAUUCCUUGGCUAUCCCAUCCCCAUCUUCUUCAUUUCCCAACUCCCUUUCUGUGGUUCCAAUAUCAUUGACCACUUUCUGUGUGAUAUGGACCCACUAAUGGCUCUGUCCUGUGCUCCAGCCCCCAUUACUGAAUUUAUUUUUUAUGCUCAGAGCUCCCUUGUCCUCUUUUUCACUGUUUUAUACAUUCUUCGAUCCUACACCUUGUUGCUCAGAACUGUUUUUCAGGUCCCUUCUGCAGCUGGCCGGAGAAAGGCCUUUUCCACCUGUGGUUCUCAUUUAGCUGUAGUGUCACUUUUCUAUGGGACAGUCAUGGUGAUGUAUGUGAGUCCUACAUAUGGAAUUCCAGUUUUGAUGCAGAAGAUUCUCACACUGAUAUAUUCAGUGAUGACUCCUCUCUUUAAUCCCCUGAUCUACAGUCUUCGUAAUAAAGACAUGAAACUUGCCCUAAGGAACGUCCUGUUUGGAAUGAAAAUAAGUCAAAAUUCAUGA